UAAGAACACUCCUGUCACGCUCUUAGGGCUUUCUCCACUUUAAAUUUUGAGAACGUUUCCCAAGCACAUUUAGAGAACUUAAGAACGCACCUAGUAAGCAUUUUACACACAGCUUUUAGUUCCAAAACUGCUAGUUACAAGCACCCCCUCAAAGCCCCUAAAGGGACAUGGUGUAAAAUCUGGUGUCUAUAAUUGUCCUCCUCAUCCUGUACCUGCGAGAACCGCGAUCUUCGUAUCACAAGCAGGGAGGCCAAAGAGGGCAAAUGUACUCAGCCUACCCUGCUUGUGAGCGGGAGUCACGGCUGCACUUGAACCCAGAACCCCCAGUGUGAAAGGCCAGUUUUCUUUACACUUUGGGUGCUUUCGCUGUUUUCUUUGCACCUUUCUCAGUCGUAGGAAGACAUUCCGAAUGUUCUUGCUUAAAAAGGGAAUAUGGAUGAUGCACUUCUCAGCCUCCAUAAAUCUAAAAUAGAAAUGCUUAGGUGCUUCGGUAACUUGGAAAAGCCACGGAGAAAACACCGCCAAUGUAACGCUUUCCUACUCCUCUCGCCCCACGGAAACGGACCUCCCCGGGGCGCUCAGGGGUCGAGCACCGCGGUCUCCGCCGGCCGGAAGGAGGAGGGGGCGGAGGAGGGGGGGGUGAGGCGUGGCGCGAAGCCCAUUCUCAUUGGUGCGUCCCCGCGCGCGCCGCCACGAGGCCCCGCCCCCAGGGCCCGCCUCCGCUCAGCUCCCCGCUUGGGAGCCACACGAGAGGGGGGUCCUGGGCACGCGCGGGCACGCGGGGCUUCCACCCGCCGCCCCGUUUGGGCCCCGCGGGAUGAACUCUUUCUGGGAAGGUUUGUCCCGUGCCUCCUCCCCUGCCAUCACCCUCCGACUUCCGGCCGGAUCCGCCAAUCACGGUGCACAUGUGGCAGGAGUGGGUGGGACCUGAGAAAUUCGAAAGGAGCCCCGCCCCCUGGGAGCGAUUCCUAGGACGAGGCUUUGGGGAAGAAAGCCUUUUGGUAGCAGCGCAGGUCUAAGCUGCCCCGCUCCGGGUGUCGGGACAUGGAAGAUUCGGAGGAAGAUGUCAAGUUUAUCACGGAUGAGACCUUGGACUGUGGAGGGCUGUCCCCAUCUGACAGUCGUGAGGAGGAAGACAUAGCCGUGUUGGUGACUGCAGAGAAACCACUCCGCCGGGGCCUCUCCCAUCGAAGUAACCCGAAUACCGUGGCUCCUGCACCCCAAGGGGUGAGGUUCAGCUUAGGCCCUCUCAGCCCGGAGAAGCUGGAGGAGAUCCUUGAUGAAGCCAAUCGGCUGGCGGCUCAGCUGGAGCAGUGUGCCCUGCAGGAGCAGGAGAGCUCGGGUGAGGGCCCAGGGCCUCGCCGAGGGAAGCCCAGCCCUCGGCGGGAGACCUUUGUGCUAAAGGACAGCCCUGUCCGAGAUCUGCUGCCCACUGUGAGCUCUCUGGCUUGGAGCACACCCUCACCAAGCAGCCUGACGCCUCGACUUCGGAGCACAGAUAAGAAGGGGUCAGCAAGGGCUCUUAGGACAACAUCUGGGAAGAGGCCCUCCACUGUGAAGAGGGAGUCGCCCACUUGCAAUCUGUUCCCUGCCUCCAAAAGCCCAGCACUAUCUCCUCUUGUACGAUCAACUCCUCCACUCCAGUCAGCGCCAAUCCAAUCCACUCCUCCGCUCCGAUCCACUCCCCCGGCCCGAUCCACUCCUCCGCUCCGGUCCACUCCACCGGCCCGAUGCACUCCUCCGCUCCGGUCCACUCCACCGGCCCGAUGCACUCCUCCACUCCGAUCAGCUCCACUCAGAUCAACUCCUCCGCACCGAUCAACUCCUCCGCACCGAUCAACUCCACCGCCCCGAUCCACUCCGCCGCCCCGAUCCACUCCACCACGGGGAAAAACUGGGCCCAGUACGAGGGCAACAGCAAGCCCACCUACCCCAGUCAGACCAGUCCUGCCUUCAGCCGGCAACACUCAACGCCCAUCCAGGCCACAGGGAGCAGCUGCCAAGACUUCCAGUCGACUGCCCGUUCCCUCGGCCAUCCCCAGGCCCGCCAACAGAAUGCCAGUCACCAACCGGAGUGUGCCCUCCGGCAAAGGUGCCCUGCCUCCUGACUCUCUGUCAGCUCGGAGAGGGCUUCCAAGAUCAAGUGCGACAGGACACAGAGCUCCUCCCUCCCAGAAACCAAAUCUUCCUGUCCUUGGUGCCACCCGCAGCAGUCUGCAGCCUCCCAGGAAAGUCACAGUCCCUGGGCCUACCAGGUAAAGAGAUCAGGACCACGAGCCGGAAUUCAGUAGCAAACCACUACAGCCACUGCCUGGAUUCAGCUGUACCAGCAGGCCCGACUCCAGAGUUCUGGCCUGGAACAGUGGAAAGAGAUGCCUCCAGGGCCAAUCCCCAGGAAUAGAGACCAUAGCAGUUGGGGUGGAUUCAGGCUGAGCUGGAGGAGACCCAAAGUCUCUGAAGAUGAGCGGAAAAGAGGUCACCUCCCAGCAGUGAGAUUAACAAAAUGAGAAAUGCAGGCAAGUGGCUUAUCCUCUUCUACCCCCACUCUUGCAGUCCGCCCUGGAGAGCGUGAUGUUCUUCCCAGGCGUGGUUCACUGGACACAUUUACACGUGAAUGGCCUCCAUAGCCAGCCCCGCUCUCUGAGGAGCGGUCUUUCUGAAUCACAUCCUGCACUGGACGUGGGCCUGUUUGGAGAGGGGAAGCCGGCACCUGGUCGCCAGAACUUGUUUCCUGUGAAUUCUGUGAUUUCUUACAGGCCAGUUGAUAACUCUGUCAAUUUUCAUUUUUGUAAAAUAAAGGGAAUGUAUUUUUA